AUGAGCGAGUUGGACGCUGGCCUGCCUCAAGUGUCCAAGGUCCUCUCGGCUCUUCGGGAGACGAAGAUGCAAGUUGUGGCCAACAGUUCCUGCGGCAUGCACGUUCAUGUGGGCGUCGAGGGCGGCAUGCGCCUCAUGCAUGCUAAGAAGGUGUUCACGCUGGCCGCGUUACUGGACCAGCCUGUGAUGCUCAGCGGGGCCCGAGCAGGAAUCGCACUCCACUUGCGCGAACCCGGUCAAGGCAAGUGUCGACUUGACGUGGACGACAGUUCGUCCGAUGAAGAGUCCAGUGGCGAAGACAAACGACCGGACUUUGAUUUUGAAGGCACGCAAUCGACCUAUGAGUUUCGCUUCCCCCAGAUGAGCUUUGAUAAAGACUUUAUCAAGCACUGGGCCGAGCUCGUCUGCAAGAUCAUCGAGCUUGCGAUGCUUCCAGCACCGCAGUUUGCAGCCCUUCUCGAAAGAGUCAGCGGCGUCCUGGAAGAAAUUGAGGAUGCUAAAGGCGAGGGACUGGAGAAGAUCUGGCCUGUGUUGAAUUUGCAACAUCAGAUUCCGUUCUGGCACGCCCAGCUCGAGCGCCACAAGAGGGGAGAGUUCAUCUCUCACGUCGAUGCACGGGGAACUUUGCGACCUUGA